UGAUCGGUAAGUUUCUCGACGGUUCCGUGACGUCGACGACUCUCACGUCAAAACAUUCCGAGCGUUUUGAAGCGAGGUAAAUAAUAAGCAAUAAACGGCAUACAGCGUUUACAAGCUCGAAUAUAUCGCAAAUAACGGAGCUCCGUUUACAUGCUGAAAGGUACACGUGACAGUCGCACGUUAAAUUGCAAGAACGAGCGAUGAAAGCUAUAUUGAUAUUCGACCACCUGAACGACGUGUUGUUUGUAAAAUGCAACAAAAAGUUCGCCAGCCACAUUCUGAAGCUGGCGAGGAUGCAAGGACUGCUCGACGGUGACGACAAGGACACUGCGGACUUGGAGGAUUCCAUACCGAGUCCUAAUGUCAUAAUGCAAUUGUUCUCACCUAUAGUCACCUCGCAGCACGUGAUGGCCUCGCAGUUUGGGAACUCCUAUACCUCUAUGAAGUUCCAGGAUGGAACCAACAUGGUGUUCGAUGAGUACAUUGGCUAUACUUUCAUGUACAUCGCUGCGAAAGAAGUUGAGCUCAUGAGACGUACACUGGGAGUGUGCGUAUCCAUUGUACGACAUGUAUGCGGUCCGGACAUUGCAAUAUUGAAAACCAACUGGCAGAAGAUGUGUUUGGUAUCUUCUCUGCUGGAUGCUUGGUCUCAUCUAAGAAAUUGUGAGCAAAGUAUGCUGACAGAAGCGGUGGAGCAGUUGUCGGUGAACGCGGAAGUGGCAUCCUCGGUUCUCAAGGUGUUGCAUGAUGCUUGCGACAAGCUGAAGAAUUCGCAGCCUGAAUUCAGCAAUCUGCACGUGCUACUCCUGGUAGGCUCCAAGUUUCUGUCACUGUACUCCAGCAAGAACGCUCGUGAUCUAUGCGCCUCGGACAUCCUGCUGAUGAUCCUGCUAUGCUGGGUGGUGAAUAAAAAGCGGAAGAACGAUCAGUCGGAAAGCAGUGAUAAUUGCUGUGAUAGUGAUAUCCUGUUGCCGGAGAGCAGUGCUUCGAAGAGCGACGAAACAAAAUUGAGCUUCGGAGCUAAGCUGGCCGCUCCUACUUCAGAGGAUAUUACAGAUCUCUUUAGAGGUUCUAGGGACUCUUCUGUGACCGAAGGCCUUUCAUCUUUAACCGACGAUGAUCUCUACAGUCAGUCGCUUCUCCUUGGCUGCCAGCAUAACUAUACAGCUAAUGCGGUUCACAUCUUCGAGUUGUCAGAUUCUAUUAACUUGAUAACAAUCGUCGAAGCCACGAAUCUUUCCAUUUCUUCAGGAUUGUGCGACAGUUUUCAUUAUUUAAAUCUGAUAAACAAUCUGCAGUUUCAACGAGACAUCGAUGAACUAAAACCAGCAUUCGAGAACCUCGAUGUAGCAAUUAAAAAAGUGUUGGAGGGAAUUAAAAAGAAUCGUUCUAACGUCGGGAACGAUGUCGAUAUGUGUCAGAAGAGAUUGCAAGCCAAAUGGGACUUUGUACGGAAAAAAUACAACGAUCUUCUGCGCUCUAGAGAUCCUGAAGUGGUCCUGCAGAUCGAAGCCAAUACUUCUGGCUUUGUAGAAACACUUAAAGAACUAUUGCGUUUGACCUGUUUUGACAGAAACUUCCUGAAGCAAGGAAUUGACGUUCUGACGACGGUUGGCAGACUCGUGAGGCAGAAGCUGAACGAUUUCAGUGAUUUCUUGAAAGUCAAAGCAUUGAAGAACUUUACGCUAGGAUCAAGAACUUCCCUAACUAUCAACAAGUAUCUUGAGGAGUUUCCAGGUUUGGUGCAUUUUAUCUACAUCGACAGGAGUACCCACAGACUCGUGGCACCCACACUGGACUUCACGAGCACGGAAACGCUCGCUCUCACGAUGAAAAAAAUUUGGAAUAUGGUUGAGCAAAGCAGAAUGCAUUUACAAGAGGGUCAUCUAUCAGUUAUGUGGAAGGAUACUACAUUUAAUUAUUCCUACUUUUUGUGGUUUGAGGACAGUUCCGGAUGUUCACCACCGAAAUGUAAAGUCUAUCUUAACUAUGUCAUGAAAAAUUUCCCAGUUCCAGGCAUACUCUGCGGAGAUUAUUACAGAAAAUUAACUGAAACAUGUUUUCCGAAACUCUUGCCGAGCAAAGUACGAAUCUACGAACUAUUCUGCGUACACUUAGGACUAACUACAUCGACAUGUGUCCUGGAACAUUCCCGUAGAUUGGCAGCUACCAUCUGGGAAGUCACUGGGGUGCCGAGUAAUUUUGCAGAUAUAUUCUAAAAUCGUAUUCCCUCGAGUCAAAAUUUUCAAUUCAAAUUUCGCCCGUCUAAUUUUGACUGAAUUCUCUAGAAUUUCUGAAUUUCAAUAUACCUUGAAUUUUGAUUUUAAACUUCUAUACAUUCUCAAUUUUAAAUUCUCUAAGAGUAUCUUUCAAAGUACUCGAAUUUCUGUGAUAUUUAGAUUGUUAGACUCUUACAUGUUUCCAGUUUUUGGAUCUUUACUCUUUAUUAUAUUAGUUUUUCUUAUCCUUAUUAGUUAUAGAUUGUAAAACUUUUCUUAAAAAAUAUGAUAGAAAUGCACAAUUCCGUUUUCGACACUUCAAAUUUAAUAUUUCUAUAUUAAUCGAUAUAUAAAAUAACAAACGUCAAUAACGUAGAUAGAUUAUAGUUUUCAGUAUUUAUUUAAAAGUUUGCUUCCUCUUAUCACAAUCCUAGAUGUAUCCCAUUUGCCAAAGAAUUAACUAGGAUUAAUUAUUAAUUCUGUAAUUAUUAUCAUUUAUUUUAUUUAUACAACACAAAAUGAAAUAACAAUCAUUUUGCGCCCUUUUAUUUACAAAAUGUCUUUAAUAAUUAGUGCAUACUAACUAAAAGCUUACACAUUUUGUAAUGAAAUAUGUUCAACUUCAUACAGAUAUGUAAUGGCACAUUAAACAAUAAAAACCAAAUGACAAAUAUGAAAUAAGAAA